AUUUUGAUUAAUGAGAAGGGAACUUGACAUUCGAAUCAACUGAACUUUAUUCUGAUCUUUGUCCACGCCAAUCCAAAUAUCUGAUCAAAGAUCAAUUAGUUGUUCCAUAAUUGGCCCAUAUAAAACCAAACAAAACGUAGCUGUUUGCUUAUAAACCAAAAUACAGUGAAUACGGUUUUAUGUUCAACAUGUUUGGUUUGAUUCUUGUUUUGUGCUUGUCGCAUAAUAAGAUGAUGGCAGCAUCUGAUUCUUUGAAUACGAGUAUUCCUGAAAGGGCGACUCCACAAGGUGCAGAUGCGACAGUCUUGCGACAAUUGCUUAAUCAAGAAACUUUGAUAAGAAUGUCCGUAGAAAAAAAUGUUCACGUGCUGAUGAAGGAUAUGGUGUCACUUAAGGAUUCCCUGUUAUCUUUACAAAGCGAAAUGGCGGGAAUUAGGCAGAUAGCGAAAGAUGGAAUAGCUGACUCCAAAGAAAAAAUAGAAGGUUUGAAAAGUGAGUUACAAAGUUUGAAAGAAACCGGAGAAAACUUAGAAGAAAGGCUGGUGGAGCAAAACAAAACUGGUUUGAAUUUGUUUGAUAAGUUUAUGAAAUUCAAGAAUGAAAUGAAUGGUUUCCAAACUGAUAUUCAGACUAGUUUUGCUCAAAACAACAAGAACACGAGCGAAGUACUGUCAGACAUAAAGGUGCAAGUUCGAUUGUUGUCUACAAGUCUGAUGGGACUUGACCAGCGUGUGAAACAAUUAGACCAGACAGUCCCAACACGCUUAGAAGAAAAAUACAAGGUGGUUUCAAGUCAGAUGUCCAACAUCUCAGCAAAUAUACUAGAGAAAACCAAUGAAUCCUUGCACAGUUUAAAAUCUGAAAUUGCAGAAACCAAGUAUGAUCAGCUCAAGUUAUCGGCCGCCAUCUUGUCCCUUGAAUGGUUUCGGAACAACAUCUCCAGUGGACUGAUUGAUUCUAAGGCUCCCAUGGUCGUUGCUUUCACCGCUGGAGUGACAGAAAGUAAAAGGUAUUGGAGCUCCGGAAACUUGAUUUUUUCCACCAUUAUCUACAAUGAAGGUGGGGCAUAUGAUGCCUCGACCGGCGUCUUUACGUCACCGACCGACGGGAUAUUUGUUUUUUACGUCACAAUCACCGCAUACAACUCAAAUACUAUAUACGUUGACAUAGUUAAAAACAGGUCUUCUUCUGUUAGAGCGCUUGCAUAUGGAGGAACUUCCCACCAAACUGGAACAAACAUGGCGGUUUUCAGUUUGGGACGUGGUGACAAAGUCUGGGUAGAACAGCAUUCGGGACAAGGAUUCUACACUGCUUCGACACCAAUCACGUCGUUCACGGGUUUCAUGAUCUCUUGAGAUCAUAAUCUUAUUAUUUAAAUUAAAGGAGAGGAGCCUUCAUGUUUAUGAAAUCUGAGAGAUUAGUUCUUUAAAAAAAGCUCUAUACAAAAGCUUGGUUUCUAUUUGUCAGACUUUCAUUUUCAAUGAAAUAAAAUAAAUGUAAAAUUUUAA